AUGACUGCUCCUCGGUACCACUCUUUCCAGUUACUGUUCAUUGGCGAUCGGUUUCACGGUGCGAGAAUUACCAAGCAGUUAUACAACGAUCUGGACGCAGGCAUCGAUUAUGGUUGUAUUUUCACGUCAGGCUGUCAGGACGAAUGCAAUAAAUGUCCACUGUGCAUGACAAGCAAGGAACAACUGGUCGAUGUUCUUUCGGGCAGCAAGCGGUCCGCGAAAGGAGAAUGUUCCACUUUGGUGAACUGUGCAACAGACUGUGUUCAACGCUCAAAUUCAAAUUUUACGAUGAUUAACUACUGCUUACGGCAUGAAUGCGCCUAUCACUGCUUCGAUGGUACUUGCCCGAAAUGUAGCGCAUUCAUCACACGAUUGUUCAAUCAGAUAUGCGGCCGAUGCUACGAAAUGUUCCGUGCAAUAGUUUACGCAAAAUUCGAGGAACAGUUCAAACAAGCCGGAAAAGCACCAGCUAUUGGUGUGAAAGCAGCAAAUUUAUUGUGA